AUGGUCAAUUCCUGUUGUGGAUCCGUCUGCUCUGACCUGAGCUGCGGAAGAGGCUGCUGCCAAGAGACCUGUUGUGAGCCCGGCUGCUGCAGCAGCUCUUGCUGCCCCCCAACCUGCUGCCAGACCACUUGCUGCAGGACCACCUGCUGCCGCCCCACAUGCUGUGGGACCAGCUGCUGUCGCCCGACCUGCUGCAGGCCCACUUGCUGCCAGUCGGUCUGCUGCCAGCCCACUUGCUGCCGCCCAGUCUGCUGCGUGUCCAGCUGCUGCAGGCCCUGCUGCCCCCAACCUUGCUGCGUGUCUACCUGCUGCAGGCCCUGCUGCCCUCGACCAUGCUGCGUGUCUAGCUGCUGCAGGCCCUGCUGUCCCAGGCCUUGCUGCCCCCGACCAUGUUGUGUGACCAGCUGCUGCCAGCCCUGCUGCCGCCCAACGUGCUGCCAAACCACUUGCUGCCGUCCAACCUGCUGUGUGCCCAGCUGCUGCCAGCCUUGCUGCCGCCCAGCUUGCUGCCAAACAACUUGCUGCAGAACCACCUGCUGCCGCCCUACUUGCUGUGCAUCAUCUUGCUGCUGA